AUGCCGCUGUCGGCCUUGGUGACUAUUCGCUAUGGUCCGUAUGAAUCCUGUGGGGUGGUGGAUUACCGGACUGGCCGGCUGCAGGGUUUGCAAGCUAUACUGGAAGCCAAUGGUCAUCGCUGGAUUCUAGAACAAUUUCUUGACUGGGAUAGCGUGGAGCUUAUCGUGAAUGGAGAGUCUGUCUUCAAAUGUAAAAUAACACAUCUUGAUUUUGGAGGUGAUGGGAAACUGGACCCACUUUGCAAGGAAGCAGUGAAGGCAGUGAACAAUGCUUAUUGA